AUGGAAAACUUAUAAAAGCAGCCUCAAGAAUGUUCAAGCAGUUAAAAUAAAAGUAGCAGCACAAAUUAAAAUAACAACAAUAGCAAUAAUAACAACAUUAGUAACAAUAAUAAUAGCAAUAAUAACAGCAAUAAUAACAACAAUAACUAAAAGAUUACUAGUAUGCAAUCUCUAAACUAGAUUGAUAGUAGAAAUUAGAAUAAGAAUAGAGUUUCUCAACCUAAUUCAAAUAAUAUUCAAACAAACACUCAAAGCAACAGUGUAAAAAUUAUUCAGGAAAGGAAUUCAGCUUCUUAGAAUUAAUAGCAGCAAUAAAAUACACAGAAUGGAACUUAAAAUUAAUAGCAAAAGGUUAUUGCUAAAUUAAAUUCUAACACUUAGUCUAAUAAUUAAGUUUAAAAAAUAAACUCAGUUUCAACAAACAAUAAUAGUAUGAAUUAAAGAUAAUCUAAUGAAAAAAUGGAAAUUGAGACAAAUAAGACUGCAUAAUCUGCAGAAAAAAAAAUUCCAAAUUUAAAUUUAAGUAAGCCAUCUUUAAUAACAGCUUAAAACAAUUAAACUCAACAAAAGCCUGCUAAUUAAUAGCAAUAGAAUAACUAAAAUCUUAAUAAUCCAAGUACUAAACCUAAUAGCUAAGAUCCUAAGAAUACUCAGGUCGUAUAAAAUAAACCAAGCUUAUAAAGUAACAACAACAGCAACAAUCAAUCCCAAUAAAACAAAAACUAGAUUCAAAUAUAAAGCAAUUAAGAAAAAAUAAACAACUAGCAAUAAGAAUAAGUUUAAUAAAAUAACUCUACCUUGCCUUAGAAUUUGUUUGUUAGAAAGAAUCCACUUCAAAAUAUAAAUUAAACAAAUAAUUAAACUGCUUUAUUAAACUAGUAAACUGCUAAUAAUUUGAAUAAAACCUCAUCAUAACCAAGUAUUAUUAAUAAACCUUCUAUUUCAUUGGGCAAAAAUUUACUUUUAAACAAUUCUGUUAAGCCAAGUCAAGAAGUUUAGCAAAAUAACAACCUCAAUAAUAAUAAACCUACGAUUCCUCCUGCAAAUCAAAAUACAAAUAAUAACAUCUCAAACAACCCAAAUUUGGUAAAGAAUUCUCAAACAAUCUAAAAUGAUUAAAAAAUCAAUUAAAAUUAGGAUAAUAAAUAAAACCCAAGUUUAAAAACUCCUUCACUUAAUUUAAAUAUGAAUAAAGCAUAGCAAAAUUAAUAGCAGCAAAAUCAAAACAGCAAUUCCUAAAGACCUAGUUUGGGACUAAACUAAGUUGCUAAGCAAAAUAAUUAAUAACAAAAUACUUAAUCAUAAAACUCAAAUGAAAAGUAAAAUACAAAUAACUUAGUCAGAAAUGUCCCUAAACUAGGAUAAUAAACAAAUUAAUAAUCAUUAUAACAAGCAGUAAAUAUACCUAAAUAAUAAUAAUAGCAAUAACAAUAGCAAUAAUAAUAAUAACAGCAGGACAAUCUCAAUUCAAAUUAGCAAGAAAAGUUGUUUUAAAGGUAAAAUUCAUUACAAUCAACCUAAAAGAUGGAGUAAAAUAACUAAAAUAAUACAGACUCUUAAAAGCAGUUAAGACCUAUUGAGUUGAAAUAAUAAAAUUCAAGUUAAUUCAAUAAAACUUAAGAAUAAGCAAGGAGAUCUACUUCAAAAAGCCCUAUUAAAAAAUAAGAUACCACAUAUACAAACAUCCAUUAAAAAAAGCUACAAUAAUAAUAGUAAACCAACAUAUCGUAAUAGUAAAAAAAUUAAGUUAAUGCUUAAGAAAAGCAAAAUUAAUAAUAGUAAAAUAUUGAAUCAGGAACUUAGAAAGCAACAACAGCUGAAAAUAAAACAACUAAUUUGUAGACAGGAUAAAUAAAUAGAUAGGAAAAACCUUAAGAGUAAAAUUUAAAAUAAAUUGAACAAAAUAAUUUGUUAAAAGUUUAAUAGAUCAAAUAAGGUCAAGAAACAUUAACAAAUAUUUAAACAGAUUAAAAGUAAGCUUAAAAUUAAAAUUAACCAAAAAUAAAUUUGCCUAUUCAAAAUAGUAAUAUGUUAAUUGCAAAUAGAAAUCAGUUAAGUAAAUAGAUUAACAAUGUUCAAGAUUAAAGAAAAAAUGAGAUUAAAGAAGAUAACAAAUAAAAAUAGUAACAAUAAAUUUAGUAAAAAAGCGCAUUAAAUGAAUAGCUUGAGUCAAAAAUGGAACUUGAAGAAGGAGAAAUAUGCUCUCCAAUAGAAAAAGCUGAUGAAGUUAAAAUUGAAAAUAAACUAAUCAAGGAAAAUUAGAUGAAAAAAGCUAAUUAAAAUUACUCUACAGAUUCAAAAUCUGAAAGAAAAAACUCAAGCAAUGUAAAUGAAAGCACUAAAGUUUAAACUGAUAAAAAAAACUAAUCUGAAACCAAAUAAUUACCUUAGAUUAAAAUAGCAGACAUUAAAAAAUAAAACUAAGUUGAAUAAAAUGGAUAAGUCACAAAUAAUACUUCUAAACAGAGUGAAAUUAAAACAAAAUAAAUCCCAUAGAUAACCUUGUAAGAUAAUAGUUAAUAGUUAAAAAUUACUAAAUAAGAUAAUAAUUUAAAUUAGUCCUAGAAUGAAAAUAGGAAAUUAUAAGAAAGCAAAGUUAAUACUCUAAAUCAAGUAUCUGCAUAAAAUUCUAAGGUAGAAAAAUCAGAGGAUAAAAAAUUAGAUAAUUAAAUUGUAGAAGACUUAAAACCAUAAGAAAAUGCAUAAAACAAAAAAAUUCUUAAAUUAGAGGAAAAGUUUUAAGAAAAAGUUGAAAAAGUGAAUUCAGUAGAAAAAUAAAAUUAGUUAAAUUGUAAUCAAAGUGAAUAAAAGGAGAAAUAAAAUGAAAAUAAAGUUAUUGAAAAUACUAACUUGGAAUAAGAUAAUUAGAAAAGUCAAUCAAAUUAAAAUAUAGACAAAGCUUAAGAGAUCUAAGAACCAAUUCAAGAUGAACAAGAAAAUAAAUUAAUAGAAUAAAAUUAAAUUAGAACUUCAGAAUUAGAUCAAGAAAAACCAUAGGAAGAACCAAUUAAUAAAAAAAGGUUGUUUUCUGAAGUUGUUGAUAAAAAUGUUUAAAUUUUUGAAAAAGAAAAUUUGAAAAAAGUAAAAGAAAAUAGCUUUGAAAAACAUUAAUAGAUUUUCAAAAAAUUAGAAGAUUAGUAUAAAAUUUUAUUAGAUAAAAAUACUAACUGCGAAUAAAAAAAGACAAUAGAUUUGUAUCCAUAAUAACAGCAAUAAAGCAAAUCUCUAUCUGAAAGGUUUAAUUCUGUUGUUGAUUUCUUUUAAAAUUUCAUUACAAAUAAAAAUAUUUGA